UAUAUAUANGAUAAUCCGAUUAACUAUUACAACCUGGUUAAAGGCUAUCUAGGUGGAGCACCUCAAGCAGACAUUGCAGCUUUAUCAAGACAGAACAUCAGCAUGGAUGUCGACACUUUCAGGAGUCUGGAUAUCAACGUGAUAACUAACCUGACUGUGGCCAACGUCCAAGGUCUGAUGGGUGAAAACCUACGAGAUCUCAAGCUGUUUGAGAAUGAUACUGUGGUUCAGAGAUGGGUGAACCUACAGCUACAGUCUGACCUGGACACACUAGGUUUGGGUCUAAUCACCACUAGAGCAGACCCAACAGUACCGACCGCUACAAACAGCACUGAGCCACAGGGAAACACAAACAGUUCAAAUACAACCCCAGCCAGUACAGCAAUACCAUCCCAAUCUGCAACCACCAGUGGUGUCCUGGAGUUCACAAAAUCACCAGCCUCUGUUCUCCUGACCGCUCUGCUCACAGCUGCUCUACAAAUAAUCCUACAACCAGCCUAAGAGCCCCACUUCUGCAAUAACUUAGGCAAUGCUUUCAUACAGCCUAUAGUUAUUAUCACUAUUAGCUCUAGUAUUUAUACACAUGUAGAAAAAAUGCUUCAUCUCAACUUUUUGAUGUCUUUAUUAGCGUCAUGAAACUAAUCUAUCUCAGAAGAAUCAUUUAAAUAUUUACAUAACUUGUUGAUGGAAAUUAGGGGAAAAUAAAAAAAAACAUUCAUAUAAAGUGCUAAAUCAUGAUACAAAUUAAUUGCACUGGUUUUUAUCCUUUCAAAUGUAAUUCUUUUCUUCCUGUACUUUAAACAGCAAAGCUAUAACCUAAAUUAAUAAAUGCACAUUAACAUGAA